AUGGAGAAGGUAGAUGAUGAUGAUGAUGUAGGUGCAUUAGAGUUAGCGCUUAAGAAUAAAAUUGUUAGGGCUAAGGAAAUAAAAAUUCCAUUAGAGGCAAGUGCUUUAACAAAGACCGCAGUAGUAAAAAGUCCAUUAGUGAACAGUCUAAUCGUGGCCAUUAGUGAAUUAAUCGUGAAGAGUCCAUUAGUGAACAGUCCAAUCGUGAAGAAUCCUGUCGUAAUCGUGAAGAGCCCAAUAGUGAAGAGUCGAUUAGUGAUGAGUCCAAUCCUGAAUUCAGAUGUAAUCGUGGAGAGCCCAGUAGUGAUGAGUCCAAUCGUAUAUCCUGAUGUAAUCGUGAAGAAGCCAAUAGUGAAGAGUCCAUUAGUGAUGAGUCCAAUCGUGAAUCCAGUUGUAAUCGCAAAGAGCUCAAUAGUGAAGAGUCCAAUCGUGAAGAAUCCUGCUAUAAUCGUGAAGAGCCCAAUAGUGAAGAGUCCAAUCGUGAAGAAUCCUGUGAAGAGCCUAAGAGUGAAGAGUCCAUUAGUGAAGAGUCCAAUAGUGAAGAAUCCUAUAGUAAUCGUGAAGAGUCCAUCAGCGAAGAAUCCAAUCGUGAAAAGUCGAGUUGCACUUGUGAAGAGUCAUUGA